CCAUGGAAGACGAAGUUGCCGCUCUUGUCAUUGACAAUGGUUCCGGUAUGUGCAAAGCAGGUUUCGCUGGAGACGACGCACCGCGCGCUGUUUUCCCAUCCAUUGUUGGUCGCCCUCGCCAUCAAGGUGUAAUGGUCGGUAUGGGUCAAAAAGAUUCAUAUGUAGGCGAUGAAGCCCAGUCUAAGCGUGGUAUUCUUACGCUUAAAUAUCCAAUUGAGCACGGAAUCGUAACGAAUUGGGAUGACAUGGAAAAAAUCUGGCAUCAUACGUUUUACAAUGAACUUCGUGUUGCUCCUGAAGAACAUCCCGUGCUAUUGACUGAGGCACCUCUUAAUCCCAAAUCAAAUCGUGAAAAAAUGACACAAAUUAUGUUUGAAACUUUUAAUGCACCUGCUUUCUAUGUUGCAAUUCAAGCUGUCCUUUCAUUGUAUGCGUCUGGUCGUACUACUGGUAUUGUCCUUGAUUCCGGUGAUGGUGUCACCCAUACUGUUCCAAUCUACGAAGGCUAUGCUCUCCCUCACGCCAUUCUUCGACUAGAUUUGGCUGGUCGUGAUUUAACCAAUUACCUGAUGAUUAUUUUAAUGGAAAGGGGUUAUUCAUUCUCUACCACCGCUGAACGUGAAAUUGUUCGUGAUAUCAAAGAAAAACUCUGUUACGUUGCUUUAGAUUUCGAACAAGAAAUGCAAACCGCUGCCCAAUCGUCAUCUUUGGAGAAGUCAUAUGAAUUGCCUGAUGGACAAGUCAUUACUAUUGGUAACGAACGUUUCCGUGCUCCCGAGGCUCUUUUCCAGCCUUCGUUCUUGGGUCUUGAAGCCGCUGGUAUUCACGAAACUACAUACAAUUCUAUUAUGAAAUGCGAUGUUGAUAUUCGUAAAGAUCUUUACGGUAACAUUGUCCUUUCUGGAGGUACUACUAUGUAUGCAGGAAUUGCAGAUCGUAUGCAGAAGGAAAUUACGGCGUUGGCACCUUCUAGCAUGAAAAUCAAGAUUGUCGCCCCCCCAGAACGAAAAUAUUCUGUCUGGAUUGGAGGGUCUAUCUUAGCUUCGCUUUCCACUUUCCAACAAAUGUGGAUUAGUAAACAAGAAUACGACGAAUCUGGUCCCUCAAUUGUUCAUCGCAAAUGCUUUUAA